AUGCAUUGGUAUCUUGCCUUUUUUGGCUUCAUUCUCGCCCUGCAUUCCCUCCCCUUCUUCCCCCUUUCCCCUGUUGCCACGUAUCCCCAGCUGCCGGUGACACGCGUGGUCUUUCCGCCCUCCCUCACGCCCAAGCAACGCGCCGCACUGCAUGGUGAGGGAUGCACGGUGAGAGAUGUUGAUGACCGCCGGGACAUGCCGGGCGGCUCGCAACGGCAGUUAGUGCUGUGGCGGGAAGGUGGAGAGUCUGAGGGGGAAGGCAGGACGCUGCAUGUAGGAGCGGAUGAUGGGUGGCAACAGGAGCAGCAGCAGCCAAUGGGAGCGCGCCAGCUGGGAGACGCUCUGAAGCAGCAUUUGGGAUGGGAUGUGCCUGCUGACGCUCUUGGGGAGGACGACAGGGGCGGAAGCGGCACUGAGGGCAAGGGGGUGGGGGGAAGAGGAGGCGGAAAAAGGGGAUCAGGAGAAGGAGGGGGAAGGGGGGGUGCAGGCAUGGGGUAUGGGGCGGCGGGGGUGGGGAGGGUGCGUGGGGGCGUGGCGGCAGACGUGAGUGACUGCAGCGACGUGUACGAGUUCGUCAAGCGGAUGCGGCCUCUGCUGGACCUCGAAAAGUUUUAUUCGGAAGAAGAGGCCGGUAUGAAGGGACGUCACUCUAAGAAUUCAUCUCGCGGAGGGGGUUCGUCUGGCCGCCCGGGUUUUUCUGCUGAGAAGCAGUAUCGCGUUGCAGGUUCUACGUUCCCUCCCUUGCCACUGGUCCGCGAUGAUCGUUUCAUUGAGAAGCAACCAGAAAUUCUUCCCGCUGCUGGCUCGUCGGGUCGUUCGUGCGCGUUCGCGACGGAAGCUACUGCUGACGUUACUCCAAUCCCUGAGCCGUUCAAGGGAUGGUCGCUGUCUGCAGUUAAGGGCUUUCGAGACGACUACAAGUCAUAUCUGAAGGCGAAGGCGAAAUUGAAAAAGAUGAAGGAGCUCAACGACAAGGGCGAGAUACUUCACAGUAUCCGCACGAAGGCGGUGGAGUUCCAGACAAAGUACGCCACCAUCAAGGAGAAAUCUGCAGAGCUCGUCGCAGCAACGCAUCUGGAGAACCAGAAACGUCUCCAGGCGGAUUUCAUUUCGUCUAAAGAAGCGGAGGUCGAGGAAAUUCUGGCAGCGAGCAACUCGCAUGUCACGGUUUUGGCAACAAAGCUCGAGGAGUACAUACUAAGCCUUUCCGCCGACCCAGAGCUGGUGGUGUCUGACGCCGCCAAGGAGCGAUUUCGUCGCUUGAAGGGACGCUGCAUCGAAAAGGUUAACUCUGAGAUUGCUGCUGCUAAGGAUGAGAUCGUCAUCCGAGAACUGGAUCGACAGCGAAAGCAGGCCGCUGAGGACUUGAAGAAAGCCGCUGCCGCGGAGGAACUGAAGGAGAUGGAUACAGAGCUGUCGAUGGAGGAGAUCCUGAAGAACCACACUAAGAAGAUGGCGGAUCAGCUUCGCAGGGAGAUCACAGCGAGUGUUGAAGCCAAGCUAUCGAAGAAGUUCAAGAAGGAGCUCUCUCUGGGUGAACAGGAACCUACGACAGCCUCCAACGCGGACUCCAAGGCUAAGAAGGAGAAGAACGAUGCGCCUUCGAAGCCGAGAAGGAAGCGCGGAGCUAAGAAGCCGAAAACGCAGAACUCCAACGGUGACGACGGGCAGCAGGGGAAAGGCGCCAACAACAACGACAAAUCCAGCGCCAAGGGUCCAAAAAACGGCGGAGGCGGCCCCGGAAAAGGGCCGCGCAACAAACCGAGGCGUGUUCGGAACAUCUCGUUCGGCGUCGCCCAGGCUCUGCGUUCCAUUGCAGCCGACCGCAGCGUGGUGAUUAAACCGGCGGAUAAGAACUUGGGGGUGACGGUGUUAGACAGGGAGCACUACGUCAGGCUGUGUCUGGAUCAUCUCGACGACCGGAGCACCUACGAACCAGUCUUCUCCAAUCCCACAGAUUCUGUCUUCCAGCAACUGCGCACACUUCAGGUGGCAUGGGGCCCUGCUCUUCCAGAUAGUCUAUGGAGCGACUUUCUGCAGAGGGAGAACUCGUGUCAGGCCUUCCCGGUCAUGGCCCUGCUGGAGUGGGUCAUGUUGAAUUCCUACGUGGAGUUCAAUGGCAACGUCUACCGCCAGAUUCAAGGGACCGCCAUGGGAACUCCCGUGGCGGUCUGCUUUGCGGUACUUUUCAUGAGCCGACUGGACGAGGUGCUGAAGCAGAGGUGGACCGGGACGCAGCCGCUUCGACACGUGAGAUACAUCGACGAUGGGUUCAUUGUCUGGCCUGGAACCAGAGAUGAGCUGGAACGGUACUUCAACACGUUCAACAGCCUCGACCCGAAUAUCAAGCUUACGUGGCAUGUCUCGGAGCAGUCAGUGGAUUUCCUCGACAUGGUCCUCUACAAGGGGGACCGGUUCGCUGCCUACGGCCUAGCGGGUAUGAUCCCCGAUGCAGAGGUGGCACUAGCAGAAGAGGUAGCAUCACUAGCGUCAGCGCAGGCCAAGGGGCGAGUGCUGUGCCACCUGCACUGCUCUCACUCCCUCCUACACCCUUCCUCCUCUCCUCCCCUUCUCCCCUCCCCCUGUGCACACCCACAGGACGCGGAAGUGGCACUAGCAGAAGAGGCAGCAUCAACCCGCUCACUGGCGUCAGCGCAGGCCAAGGGGCGAGUGCUGUGCCACCUGCACUGCUCUCACUCCCUCCUACACCCUUCCUCCUCUCCUCCCCUUCUCCCCUCCCCCUGUGCACACCCACAGGACGCGGAGGUGGCUUUAGCAGAAGAGGCAGCAUCAACCCGCUCACUAGCGUCAGCGUCUAAGGGGCGAGUGCUGUGCCACCUGCGCUGCACGGAGGCCACAUCAGGCCUCAUGGGCAAGACCCUCCUCACCCUCGUCUCCAACAAGACUGGAAAAGGUGCAAGCAAAGGCGCCACAGCAGACGCCGGACCUGCAGGUUCGGGUUCGCGAGCGUCUGGUCCGGUGCUGCCGCCGCACAAGUUCACUCCGCACGACGUGGUGGCGAUACGGGCGAACAAGGCGGAGGGCGCGCAGGCGGCGAUAGCGCAGGGGGUGGUGUACCGCGUGAGGGAGGAUGCGGUGGUGGUGGCCGUGGAUGACGUGCCCGAUGGGGACGGGCUGGACGCUCCUGUGCGGAUAGAGAAGCUGGCCAAUGAUGUCACGUACAAGCGCAUGCGCGAUACACUAGGGGCGCUGAGUCGGACGGGGGAUGUGGGUGUGAGCACGGUUGGGAGGCCCGGGGCGGCGCUUAUCCCGGUUCUCUUCGGCCAGUCAGAGCCUCGCCUCGCCAAGGCCCCGCCGCCCUUCACACCCUUCAACCGCGCUCUGGACGAGUCACAGAAGGCAGCUGUUGCUAAGAGCCUGUCUGCGCACCACGUGGCGCUCAUUCACGGGCCGCCGGGCACCGGCAAAACGACCACUGUGGUGGAGGUGGUGGUGCAGGAGGUGAAGCGGGGCAGCAAGGUGCUGGUGUGUGCGGCGUCCAACAUCGCUGUGGACAACCUUGUGGAGAGACUCGUGCCGCACAAGCAGGUGCGGGCAGUGAGAGUGGGGCAUCCCGCUCGCCUGCUGCCAUCCAUCCUCAACUCCUCCCUUGAUGCCCUGGUGCAGCAGUCGGACAACAGUGCGCUGGCCAAGGACGUGCGCAAGGAGAUGCAGCAGCUAUCAGGGAAGCUGCUAAAAACGAGGAUAAGACGGGAGAGGGGCGAGAUCCAGAGGGACCUGCGGCGGCUGGGCAAGGAGGAGAGGCAGCGGCAGCAGCGCGCAGUGGAGGACGUGCUAAAGGACUCCAACGUUGUGCUCACCACUCUCACUGGCUGUUUGUCACGGCACCUUGAGGUGAGUUGUUGUAGCAUUGGGGAAGGCAUAGAGGCAGCAGUGGCACAGGGCAUCCCUGACGUUCGACCUGGUGGUGAUAGACGAGGCGGCACAGGCCUUGGAGGAGGUGUCGGUGCUGCAACUGACACUCUGUCUCCUCCUCUCUCCUUGCCACCUCUUCCCUUCUCUCCCCUCCCGCUGCCGUUCCCCCAUUCCCUCCAGCCCCUGACAUUCGACCUGGUGGUGAUAGACGAGGCAGCACAGGCUCUGGAGGUGUCCUGCUGGGCAGCGGUGCUCAAAGCCCCACGCUGCAUCCUGUCAGGGGACCACCUGCAGCUGCCGCCCACCGUGCAGUGCGACGAGGCUCAGAAGCGCGGCCUCGGGGUCACUCUCUUCGAGCGCCUGCACCGCCUCUACGGGGACCGCAUCACAUCCAUGCUCACCGUUCAGUACCGCAUGCACAAGGACAUCAUGUGCUGGGCGUCUGACGAGCUGUACCAGUCGCUGCUGUCCGCGCAUGCCUCGGUGGCCAGCCACGGGCUUCCGGACCUGCCGGGGGUGGUUUCUGGGCCUGUCACGGAGGCUCGGCUGGUGCUUGUGGAUACGACGGGGUGUGAUGAUGUGGAGGAGCAAAGGGAGGAGGAGGGGGAGAGUUUGCGGAAUGAGGGGGAAGCGAGGGUGGUGGUGGCACAUGUGAGGCGGUUGCUGGAGGCUGGGGUGGAUGCGGGGGACAUAGGGAUUGUCACGCCGUACAGUGCACAGGUGGGCUUACUCAAGUCAUUCAGAGAGGACUCUCGGCAGCUGGCUCGCGUGGAGAUCAGCACUGUUGAUGGGUUUCAGGGGAGGGAGAAGGAGGCCAUUAUCAUCUCCAUGGUCCGCUCCAAUGACACUGGAGAGUCGGUAUUUCUUGCAUCCUAUACUCCGUGGGAUGCUGGUAAUUACAGCAUGGAAUUCCGUGUCGAUGGCUCCAAUCUGAACUACACCAAAGAUUGGAACCGUUUAGGGCAACACGUUUUUGCACAAAUACCUGUUUCGGUGCUUGAAGGAAGCCAGACACCAGAAUGGCUGGAGCAACCCCAACUCGAUGAAGUCAUUAUGGAUCUCUCAGCGGUCACGAGUCCAUGUGCACAUGGGAUUGCUGGUCGGUGGCUUGCAGACAAUGAUGGCACGAGUCAAAAUGGCUUGACCAAUCUAAACACAGCAACUGCUACCACAGAUAAGUACAGGUGGGCAUUCUUCAGCUGCGCUCGUGCUGCUCCGUUGAAUGACAUGCUUUGGUCAUUGUGGAAGGAUGGAGGAGUACGGGAGGUGAAUGUGAUUGGAGACUCGCACAUGAGAGGGUUAAUUAUGCACCUCUGGUUUAUGCACACUGGCACGAGGCAUAAUAUGACCCUGGUGAGGCAUGGUGACGUCUCUUACGCCCUCAACGUCACUGCUCCAGCAGCAGCAGGGGAACUUUCAGCUGGUGGAGAAUUGGUGAAGGAAGGCAUUAUUCGUGUAAAAUACAACUGGCUGGAUGGCAUAUAUGACAACAAUGUGGCAGGAUGCUCGUAA